AUGAAGCACCACCCACAGGGAUCCACGGCCGCGUCGGCGGCUGCGGAGGGAUCCCCCGUGGGGGAGCCGGAUGGGGACGCCCUGCGGCGGUGGGUGCUGGCCUUCUGCGUCAUCAGGUUCGACCUGGAGCAGGGGCAGGUGGUGGAGGAGUGCUACCCACCGGGGGAUCUCCCUCCGUCCGAUGAGCUCUGCGUCGCAUUCAGCUCCUUCCCCGAUUCCAUGUCUCACCACCAGCACCGGAGCCGGUCCAGCAUCCACGACUCCAUCUUCUUCUUCCGCAUUCGCUCCGCGUCGGCGUCGACCUCCGGCGGCUUCUUGUACGGGUACGUCUUCAACCGACAGAGGCAGGACGAGCGGCUCAAGCGCGGAGGCGAGCAGAAGUCCGUGGUCAUCCUCUCGCCUCGCCCCUAUUCCAGCGUCUUCCGCCCUCUGCUCCAGAUCCUGGGGCCGCUCUGCUUCGACAUUGGGAAGAGGGCUCUUGAGCUUGUCGCCGCCCACGUCGCCUCUUGGCCGUCCCCAAUACCCGGAAAACUGAUGGAGCUCCCAAUUGGGAGCGCCGUCCUCAAGGUUCACCUUCCCCCCCUGCUCAGUUUCCCGGCGAAUGGCGAUGGGGACGGCGACCGCUGUGAUGGCGAUGAACUGGCGCUUUCAGCAGCCAUGGCUCCUUUCCCCCCCGCGAACCCUUCAAUUCCUCAGGGGCUCUUCCAUGACGCAGACCUCUUUGGGAUAUUUCGAGGAAUUCUCUUGCAGCUCUGGGUGCUAUGGGAGCUCCUAAUUAUUGGGGAGCCUCUCCUCGUGAUAGCGCCCACUCCGCCCCAGUGCUCAGAGGCAGUUGCCGGGCUCGUCAGCCUGGUGGCGCCGCUCCUCUGUAGCAUAGACUACCGGCCAUACUUCACCAUUCAUGAUCCCGACUUCGCUGCCCUCAAUUCACUUCGGGAAGGCGAUGCCUUCCCUCCCAUGGUCCUCGGUGUGACCAAUCUCUUCUUCUUGAAAGCGCUUCAGAAUAUUCCCCACAUUGUUUCAGUGGGCAGUCCAAGCCCCAACUCCGGCAGAUCCCUUCAAGUUGCUGCAAGGCCCUCCUCCACCAAUGGGCCCGGGAAGAACCCUAGAUUUGGUAAACUGAACCUCGAGCAACUGUCUCUGAACAAAUUCUCUCCCACGAACUUGUUGAAUGCUAUGAAACUCAGAAGGGAUGGACCCCUUUCUCUCAUGACGGAACACAAGGAAGCCAUAUGGAGCACAUACUCUGCGACAACCAAGCCUGAUACAUCAGUUCUUAACAGGCUUAUCGAUGCGGGCAUGUCCCCAAGGAUUGAGGAAUCCAUGUCUGUUGUGAAUAAUGAGAUAUUGCGACGACAUUUCUUGGAGCUCACCACCAAUUUCCUUGCUCCCUUUGGGCCCUAUCUGAGGGCCACCAUGCCUUUAGAAGGAAGCUCCCCUUUCGUGGAGCCGCCUGUCCUCCCUCCUUUCCAUGCCGAUGACUUCCUGAAGAGCUUGGCAGAAAGAGGUCCUGGGAAGUUUCUGUCCAAAAGGAUGAGAGCCAACUGGUUGGACCUAUAUAGGUAAUCUUUGUUCCAUAGGUGAUUUUGAGCCUAUCAUGAUUUUCACUUUAUGUUGCAGCAAUGCCCAUCUUUAAUUUUUCUGAUUUCAAUCGACUAAUACCUUUUUUUUCUCCCAGAUGUUUCUUAAGGGGCCGCAACUUUAUGCCAUGGUUCCAGAGAAGGCGUGUUAUUGCAGAACUGGAGCAGCAGAGGUUAUGGCGACAGGCGAGGAUGAAUGCAGAUAUGAAGAAGUUGAUCCUGAAAAUGUCGGAAUUAGAAGUUGUUGAUUCUUUCAAUGCUAUUGAGCGCCAUUUGCUUCGAGAGAUGCAGGUAAAUUUUCAUUUUAUUUCAGUAUUUUUCCGUUUUUAGUACUCCAGAACACCUGAAAUGGAAAAAAUAGUUCAUUUCACAGUGCUAAACUCUUCUCUCCCUUCUUUUUUUUUUGCCUCAAUCAAUGACUCCCCACAACUUUUCCUUGUUCUAUGUGCUUCUAAAUUGUUAACUAUGAAUGAUUACUGCAUUAUUUGA